GGAAGUAUACAAGAAAUAGCCCAAUAGAGUGUGUGCGCGCAUCUAAGAAGACGAAGAUGGAGAAAGAGAAAGUAUGCAAGAUAUGCAAGCGAAGCUACAGUCCUUCCUCUAACACCUCUUCAUCUUGCCGCUUCCAUCCUUCCUUCUUCGUCUGUCGCCGUCAUGACGACCAAAAGAGGUACUAUGAAUUGGGUCCAAAUGAUCCGCCAUACGCUGCCAAGUUCUACGACUGCUGCGGGGCAGAAGACCCCGAGACAUCCGGUUGCACUACUGGUUUUCAUGUCUCGUAUGAUGAUGACUGAUGUAACUCUUUCUUCAUCAUUAAAUCUUGUAUGUAAAUGAAAGUUUUUAACAGUUUUUUUACACUUUUGGUGGUAUGACAGUGUCAAAGAAUAACAGGAUUUGAUAAAGAAAGUGAAUGUUCAUCCUAAAGCUCUUGAUCAA